AAGUCGGAACCAAGAUGGCGUCUCUACAGGACAAACAUCGGAAGGUGCGACAUUGGUUGGAGCAGAUGUUUGGAGGAGAGACGGUGCCUCCAUACGAGGUGAAUGAGACCACCAUCACCGUCCUGUAUGACCUGGCCUGUAAGAACCAGGCCGUGGAUAAGGACACCAAACUACUGUUAGAAGACCUGGGGCAGAAGGCUGAUGAGUACAAUGCAGAAGCGAGAAGACUGUCCAGAACCCUUCAGUCUGUAGGCUUGAUGCCUGAGAGCCUGACUAAGACAGGGACUACAGCUCUGAGUACCCUGGUCAGCACAGCACAAACACUGGAGCUCAAAAACACAGCAACAACAAGCUAUCUGUUGGCCAUGAAAGACUUGUCACAGGAAGCGCUAGAUGUGGAAGACUCUCGUAGGGAGGAGCAGCACCUCAGCAAGGAGCUUCUCAGGAAAACCACGACUGCCAUGGCACAUCUUAAUGCUAUUGAAAGAGAUGAAGAAUCUUUGGAACAGAGGGAGAAGAUGACUGGUCCAGACCUGGAGAAGAAGGCCCAGACUGCCGUCUUCUUACAGAGCAAGGCAGCAGAGUACAGGAACUCACUUCGACAACUCAGGGGGCAGCUGGAAGCUUCAGGAGUUGACCCCACCUUGUACCACCAUAAGUUAGUCAACCAGGCUGAGGAACUGGACAAGAAAAGGGAGAAAAUAGCUGAACUCAGGGCACAACUGGACUCAUACCACAGUCUACCACCAGAUAUUUCUCUGGCAAGGGUCAAAAUAGAAGAGGCAAAGAGGGAAUUGGCUGGUCUUGAGGAAGAGAUCAACAGAAAACUGGAAAUGAUGACUUUGUGAGAUACCCAAAAUAACAUGUAG